GGGCGGCUGGACCUGCUUCGCCCACACCGCGUUCACCCGGCAGCUGCAAGAGGCCGGCAAGCUCCAGCCGUUCCGGCGCGUGGACCUGAUCCGCAUCGCCUACCAGCACUUGUCCAGCCUCUUCGACCUGGACGAGCUGGCCCGCCAACAGUUCAUCGUGGCCCACUUCCCUGCGGCCGGCCUCCACGAACUGAGAGGCCUCGAGGAGCACUUUUUCCUGCCGCUGCGCUGCAACGGAAAGCCCCUCCUCCCCAGGCAGAUCAGGGACUACUUCGGGGAGAAGAUAGGCUUCUACUUUCACUUCUUUGUUUUUUACGUGCGGUCCCUGUUCUUGCUGGGCCUGAUCGCAGCCUGCCUGAGCUGGGUGGACGUGCCUACGCACGUACUCAGGCAGUGGGGAGCUGGGCCCGUGGACAGCUACGUCAAGUACGCAGUCAAGGUCGGGUUUGGAGCCGCGGUGGUGAUAUGGGCGAUCCUGUUCGAGAUCAGGCUGGACCGCAGCAUCAUCCGCACCGCCCAGGGGUGGGGCAUGAGCCCCGGCACCGUGAAGGUCGUGGAGAACGAUCUGCGAUCUUUCGAUCCCACGCUGGUGGGCACGCAACAGGAGAUCAACCAGUAUUAUUGCGCAGCGUUGUGUACGGGGUCGUAUGUCGCGUUGUACCUGUGCAUCGUCACUGCCAUCAACUCAGAGUGGUUGGUCGAAGGGCAUCAGACAACGAAGACAUGGCUUGUCUCGGCGUUCAUUGUCGUCGCAAAGAAGGUUUGGGGCUAUGCAGCCCCACUGAUCACCGACAUGGAGAACCACAAGACGAAGAAACGCUACCACGAUGCUCUUUUACUCCGGCUGUCGUGGUACAAACUGUUCUUCUUCGUCUGGCCGCCCCUGAGGCCGACCGAUUUCUCUUCGACGGGUUCGCGAAGGCAUACUGCGCAGGCACCAAGACAGAGGCUGUGGAGAAGAGAUACGGUGACCUGCCGUUGA